ACCUGGGCAGAGAUCGCAAGGUUGCACGGUGAGCAACAGCAGAGCUAGCUGGGCAAGUCCGGAUGCAGUUUGGGUAAGGAUGGCUCAACUCCAGCAAGGAGGCCCAGAUGAAAAAGAAAAGACUACUGCAUUAAAAGAUCUAUUGUCUAGAAUAGACUUGGAUGAACUGAUGAAAAAAGAUGAGCCACCACUUGAAUUCCCUGAUACUCUGGAAGGAUUUGAGUAUGGUUUUAAUGAAAAAGGGCAGCUAAGACAUAUAAAAACUGGGGAGCCAUUUGUUUUUAAUUAUCGUGAAGAUUUGCAUAGAUGGAACCAAAAACGCUAUGAAGCUCUUGGAGAGAUCAUAACUAAAUAUGUUUAUGGACUACUGGAAGAGGAAUGCCACUUGAAAAAAGUAACUCUCCCAGUAGAUGCGACUGAGACUGAACCAAAGAGUUUUAUCUUUAUGAGUGAGGAUGCGUUAACGAAUACAGACAAACUGUUGAUCCUCAUCCAUGGCAGCGGUGUUGUGCGAGCAGGUCAGUGGGCUAGGAGGCUUAUCAUCAACGAAGAUCUGGACAGCGGCACGCAGAUACCAUACAUCAAGAGAGCUAUCGAGCAACGCUGGUGUCUUAGUUAA